CUCGUGUUUUUUGACAAAAUCCGUUGUUUAGACCUGUCCUUCACUCAUUUCAUUGCCGAUGGCGCUGGUGGUGUCGCCACCUUGGCUGCAAGAAGCUACCAAAAACUCUACCACGACAUGGCAGGUAGACCUGGAGUCAUUAUUUCAUCACGCCAAGGACCGCUUUCCUGAUGUUGUAUGGGAAGUCGGGAUAGAUGACCAGACGGAAGAGGUGUGGGGACACAAAGCUAUCGUAUAUGCCCGGGCGCCUCCCAGUUUCCAAAGUCGCUACUUCAGUUUCAAACCAAACACCGCGCCUUCGCCUCUUGGUUACUCAUCACCAGUACCCACCACAUCGGCACUUUCUCUUUCUUUAGGACUCGACGUUCCCCAUCUUGGUGAUGAUGGCUCUCGUGCUUCGUCGCCAAUGCGGGUCACGUCGCCAGCGCCUUCCUCUAUGACGGGUACUAUUCUACGUUUAAAUACCCCAAUCAAUCCCGCUCUUUUCUCCAACGAACUCGAAUACCUUUAUACCGGCCAAGGCUUUGGAGAGGCCUUUGAAUUUCUUUUUGAUUCCCCGGAGUCAAGGCAGGAAGGCGAUGCUGAAGAGCUACGUAUCGAUAAAUUGCGAAAGGACCUCGUUUUCAUGUGGAGGUCCCGACUAUAUUCUGACGUGCGUAUAGAGCUCACCGGGACGUUCUCAUCGUCCAAUCCUGAACACACAACUGCCAUCUUCUCUUCACACCGAUUUAUUCUGGUCUCGCGAUGUUCCUACUUCCACACCGCCCUCAUCUCGUGGCCAUCUGCACCCUCUAAAUCCACCUCUUCUGAUCCUCUCGCUCUUUCACUCCCUUCGCCGCCAUUUACUCCCGCAUCACUGCAUUUCACGCUCGGUUUUAUUUACACGGGCACCCUCGUCUUUUCACACCGGAGUUACGAUCUUGAUACCGCCUUCCAUAUCCUCCGAUCUGCCACUUACCUCUCGCUUCAAACUCUCUAUGAUGAAAUACAAGCACGCAUCGUGCAAGAGAUGAUGCACGGGCUCUUCCAUGCAUUCCUAGAAUUCUCUGAGUACGAGCGUAUAACUGGAGGUAAAUGGGGCACAGGCGGAUGCAGGUGUCGCCAGUGCGCCCGGCGCGCACCCCGUGUCCUUGAAUUCGCACUAUCAGAUGACGUUAAGAAUGCUCACCUUGACCGUGGAGCCCGGCGAGCACUAGUUGGUCUCUUCGGCGAGGGAUGGUGUACAUCAGAGUUCUCAGCUCUCCCGCAAAAGAUUAAAGAUAAUCUACUCAAGGGUGUUGGUAAACGGACCACCCCGCAGAAUGUCUUUGCCUUGCUUUUUGCCGCUGAGCAUGCUCUCGGAAAGAUAAAUAACGUCAUCGAUGCUUGGGCAGAUUCUGUCCGGGAUAUGAUCCUAUUGGGGCGAAAGACGAUUGAUAAUGUAUUGGCGUCCCAAUCUGACGCCUGCUUCUCGCAACCUGACUGGCUCGAGCUGAUGGAGACGGACGGAGUGCGAUUUGAGGACGGCGAACGCGUUGAUUGGAUCAUGGCAUCCGUUAAGAGAGGGGUGAACGACAAGAAUGCUGCUAUUGUAUAUCAGACUCUGGUGUCGAACAUCUUGCUCCGUCCUCAUCCAAUAGAGAGCGACCAGGCAAUGCUCCCUGGAACGAGCCACGUACGUGUUCAGGUCGAGCAGACUAGAUUGGAUGUUAUAUCUUGGUUACGCAAACGCUGGUUGGGAGUGAGGAAUGAAGGCGGAUUUGAGGGACUAGAGGGAUGGGCUAUUAAAGAAAUAAGUGAUAGUAUUGAAAUAUCUGUUGAUGAUCUCGUGAAGCCCGCCUUCAAUGGGGCUGCAAAGAACGGUUUUCGAGCUUCCGUGAACUCUCCAAAGGAUGCCGACAAGGACAGCGACAUGCAGUCUAUGCGUGUAAGCAUCCUCUCUCGCAAUCUCCCGACGCGAUCGAAUGCAUCCAUUACACCUUCCGUGCGGAGCGUGCGCACAACCGCAUCGAGAUUCUCUGUUGCUUCCACUUCCACCUCUGUCUCAUCUCCACGGCGGAAAGUCACAGAUCCGCGACCGGAUUCUAAGCUCACUCCACCCAAGUCAUCUUCACCUACUCCUACUCCCUCGCUCAAUGAGCCAGCAGAAGAGACAGAGGCUCGCACAACACCGAGUGCACCGUUGCCCAAGAAGAUAGUUGGGCCCUCAUCUGUCUCUUCACGACGGUCUCUGGUAUCGACUUCUUCCUCACUAUCCAGACCAAAAUCCACAGCAUCUGUUGCAUCCGUUCGGACAGUCAGGAGCCACGCUUCGACUGUGAGGAAAUCAACACCUGUGUCGAGUUUACGACCGCCAUUCUCAAUUGCAUCAUCACGACCGAGCUCUCGAGUAUCGACUGCAAGCACGAGCACAACGAAUGAUGGUGCAAGCACGGCAUACAAAACGGCAACUUCGCGCUCUCGGAAGAGCUCGACAGCGUCCAAUUUGAGUACUUCUUCUGUCAGGACCACAAAGUCAACGGCUAGUAUGAUCUCAAAGUCGCCAUCCGCGAGGAGUCCAGUUAUUAAGAAGGCGCCGUCUAUAGCGCCGUCCAUACGCUCGACUACGUCAACCACGUCAACUGCCAGGAGAAGUAUUUCAGGAACACCAGGGAAAAAGGAAGCAAAAAUUCAUGUGCCCCCGCUUCCGAAAGCGACGCCCAAAGCUACGCGUGCGCAAAGUUUGGCGUCAGAGCACAAGAAGACGGAAAGCGUGAGCAGCACCAGCAGCAGCGCGUCGACACUCAAACGCAAGGGUUCGUCGGAUACGAUCAAAACCACUUCUGCUUCACCCAAAACGCCACCUACUGAACCCGCUUCCGCCGUCUCAUCGACUCCAUAUUUGUCUGUGUCCCCUCAGGCGAAGGGCGCGACCCUAGAAAUUGGUAUCCCUUGCAUUAUUUCCUCGCGGCGGAAACGGUUCAAAGCUUACGCUCGGUACAUUGGGGAAGUCGAGGGCGAGGCAGGAAGCUGGGUCGGUGUCGAAGUUCCUGGGAAUUUCGUUGGCGACCUGGGUGCUGAGUGGAACGAUGGCUCCUGGGGUGGCGUCCGGUAUUUUGAUAUUGGAGGCGGAGCAGGAAGCGAGUGGGGGGAUGGAUCCGGAUCCGGAUUUGGAGGUCGACGUAAAGCCGACUGGGUACAUAUGCCCAGGAACGGGAACGGGACAGUCCAAGGGGUAAAGAGACCUGCUGAAGGUAUGGGAGGGCGGGCGAAACGAAUAAGAAGCUCGAGUCCAGCAGGCAGUGAUAGCGAGGCGGCUGAGAGUCGAGGUUUGUUUGUGAGACCACAGCAGGUGUUGUAUGUUGUAGAUGCGAUCGAUGGGGAUCUCUAGGGACAAUUUUCCGUUGAUAAGUUUUCUUUUCUCGUUUCUCAAGUUAUAUACUGCAUACCACCAUGGAUUCCAAGUAUCCCAACCCUCCUUAUUCUGCCUUUUCUCUGUCCUUUGUCUGUUCCUUCUCCAUUUAGGGGCUAUUACACUAAUUCUCGCAUUGGUAUACUUAGUUGACACGCUCAUUAAAUCGACGAACAACUUAUUCUGCUUAAGUAGAACCAAACCUGUACUUGCUGUGAUGUCAAUGAGAGUUAUUUCCAGAC